CGUUCGGAUUUGACCUAAUCACCUAUGCCUAGAUCUGUAACCCAUUCCACAUCUCUGAAUACCUAUAUAAUAACGUAUAAGAAUUAGGGACUACCGCAGUCGUUAAACAAAAAUCACCACGGCCAAUCGUUCCGCAUGUUGUACACUCGGCCAAGCGAUUGUUCGAUAACCGCGUUAAAAAAUUGUACGAUGUACGUGGUUAUAUAAGUUAAGUCCGUGGAGUCUAACUGCGAGCAAGAAACACUUCAAAGAAUCAUCAAUAUAAAAAACAUCAUCACUACCUACUGAUUUUUAAUAUGGCUGACGCCAAAGAAAGGUCGCUGAUAACAAGCCCUAAUAUUGCUUCGUAUAAGCCAUUAAAUAUAAUUUUACAGAUUAUAGGACUGAUACUCAUAUUAGCCGUUUUCUUUUGGGUUGUUCUAUUUCGAGGUGGAUUUGGUUUUUCUACACCUAAAAUAGUGUUCAACUGGCACCCUCUAUUGAUGACCAUCGCUUUUGUUUACUUGUUUGCAAACGCUAUUCUUCAUUAUCGUACAUUUCGCGAUAGUAAAAAACAAGAUUUGAAAAAUCAACACUCAAUCAUUCAUGGCUGCAUACUAAUUAUUGUGCUACUCGCUGCAUUUGCUGCUUUAGCAUCACAUCUAUUCGCUAAGCCUCCAAUUCCUAAUUUCUAUAGUCUACACAGUUGGUUGGGAGUAGUUACGGUCGUAUUGUUUCUAUCUCAGUUUGCUUGUGGACUCUGGUUUUUCCUAUCUACUAGAACGGCCGAUAAUUAUAGAGAAGCCAUGUUGCCUUAUCACGUUUUCUUUGGAAUAUUCAUCUUUGUAUUAUCAGUUGUGACCUGUAUACUAGGAAUCAGUGAAAAAUUAAUUUUUGCUCUGGACAAAAAUUAUAAAUAUUAUCCGGCAGAAGGAUUGUAUGGAAACUUUUUAGGUAUACUGUUUGUGAUCUUCGGAGGACUGGCUGUCUAUAUGGUAACCAAAGCAGAAUUCAAGAGACCAUCAAAGCAAGAUUAUGAACCAAUAUUAUAAAAAAGAAGUUUUAUGAAAACAUUCUCGUUUUUAUUUAAUGACCAGUGAGUAAUCUACAAGUCGAUCAAGACUCCUUUUCAUUUUUUUCAGAAAACAAAUAAAUUAUAUAUUUAUUUAUUU